AAGUGGAAGCAAGAGUGUUCCGUGAUGAGAGAGAUUGGUAUUACUUUUAAGUGUUACAACAUUGAACAGAUAGACUCAGAACCUUGCGUAUCUACAGAUGCUGCUGACCAACUUGAUAUCUUUAUCAUCCGACCUCUCGUACAGUGUAUAUUAAUAGAACAACCAAUCACAUGGCUGUGCUGGUACAGGGUUGUACACAUCCUUGGGUGUUCAGCGAAUGUCGACGUCACCUGUCUGGCGGCGUUCGGCAAUGCUCGCGCGUUUCGAUUGGGACUUAGCAACACGCACGUGAACGGCAUGUCUCAGAUUGUGUUGGAGGAUUUUGAAGUACAUUCGUGUCGAGACCACGCCAUGCACCUCCGAGCUGACUCUGUGGCAUUACAUGGGAUGACCUUAUACAGUCUAAAACCGGACCUUGAUCAUGGCUUUUUUUCCAAGCCCAGGGUUGCAAGAAGUAUCAUAUACUACAUUUACAGC